AUGACAACUGCAAAGUCUAGUGAAAUUAAUGUGUUGGUGCCUGGUCCUGACAACGAUUUGGAAAGAUGGAUUCUUAAAGAAGCCAUAUUAGAGAGAAAGCUUAAUCUUCAUGCUCAUGAGAAAGAGGAAACAAAGGCUCUACAUGUAGCAAUGGAGAGAGCUAUUGCUAGGAGUGAGGUAUGGGCUUGUAUUGAAGCUUGGAUUCUUGGAAAAAGGUAUCAUGUGGAAACAGAAGCAUAACAAUAACAAGUAGAAACAAGAAGAUGUUCCUUAAUAGCAAUGUAGUAUUAGGUUAUAUAGUUAGGGAAACCUCUUAAUAACAAUGUACAAUCGGAUCCCCUUAAUACCAAUG